UCUAUAAUCAAAAUAUAAUAUUAUUAGAUUGCAUUAAUAACAUUAAUACACGAGUUACAUUAUUUAUUUUACUCAUGUUGUCAAUAAGUAUUAUAUCAAGAAAAUGCUUCUGGCAUACUAAAAUUAUAAAAACAUGCACAGACUACUAAUUAUUAUCCAUUAUAUAAGCAUUAAACUGUAGAAUAGAUUAUAAGAAAAGAAAUAUCAUUUCAUCAUUCUCACUUUUGAUUAUAAUAACGAAAAAUAUAUAAACGAAAAGAAUUUUCGACAUUUCAUUACCUUCGCCACUAUAAAUUAAAUCUCAAAUAUGAUUUUAGAUUGAUAAGACAAAAGUAUUAACGUUGGACUUAGUUUCACGUAUAACGAAAAUUACAAUUUAAACUAUUAAUUGUGUCAAUUGUCAGGUACUGAGGAUAACUAGAAAUUAUAUUUAUUUUUAUUAUUAUUUAUCUCAACCUUUUUUUCUUCGAUUUCGGAUAGAACUUUGUGAUUCAAUAGAUUCGUUUAAUUGUCAAGUGAAGAAUACUUAGAAAAACGAAGAGAGAAAAUAAUAUAUAAUUACUAUCGAAAUGUCGCGUAUUACAUUCGCAAUUAGAUUUUAUUACGUAAGAUAUAAGAUCGAUAAAGUACUAACAAGUUAACGGACUUAUUAUUUAAAAUGAGGACUAGGAAAUGAUACAUCUACUUAUACAUGAUAUAAUACUUUCAAUUGUUAUUCACAAAAUAGCAAUAUCAUCUUGCGUUUUCUACAAUAUUGUCAUUUUUUAAAUUCGUGCGCGAUUCUUCCACGUUUUGACAUAACCUGUAAUUUUUUUUAACAAUUAACUGUAACGUUAUCAGAAGUUCAUUCUUAAAUUCAUUAUACAACAUAUUAUACAAACAAUCGUUUAAUGUGGAACAUUAUACGGAGAACAAUAAGAUCGUUACGUUAUUUAUCACAUGAAUUAUACACUAUACGAGUGACGUUACGUGACAAAAAAGGAGUCAUCAUGUCAGGACCUCCGGGACACAAUAAUAACGAUUUUCGGUCGAUAAAAUAUUGUAAAAAUGGGAAAAUGGAGGAAGGCGGAAGGGUCAAAGUUCGACAGACAAAUGCUAAUGGCAAUGACAAUGAAGAAAUGAGAAAAUGGCCGGCAUUGUGUGACGCGAAUCCGUAUAUAGUGGAUCUUUUGAAUAAUCUUUUCAAAAAGAAAGAAACAAUCAAUGAAUCAUCACCAACUACUUAAAAUUCGGAUUAACGAUUUUUUAAAGCUAUUAUUAUAAGCUUUUAAAUGUCAUUAAAAUAAUCAGUGAAAAUAAAUCAUACACAAAUUACUUCCGUUUUGCUUUAAAUAUAAUUUCUUACAAGUUUAAUUUUUUACAAAUAUAUAAAUUGUCUAAAAUCAAUGCUUUUAUUUAUAUAUAUAUGUAAUGACAAAAAGGAUAUAUAUAUAUAUAUAUAUAUAUAUAUAUAUAUUCUUUUUAUCACUCUUUUAUAAAUGGAAAUAUAAUGAAAUGUACAAAAGAAUAGCGUUACAUUAGCAUAAAUAUACUAAGGUGAUUUUUAAAUUUUGCUCUUACUUAAUUUUAUCUUUUAUUUCAAAUACAUAAUUCAGAAAAAAAGUAAGACCCAACUAUUGGUUAACUUCGGGACAAAUAGUUUUCGCCGGGAACAAGUCUCCGACAGAUAAAUAAAUAUUAAUAGACUAAAAUAAAUGUUACUUUAAUAUGUAUGUGAAUAAAAUUUGCUUUCAAGGAC